GGCAUCCCCCGGGGAUGGAGCUCGAGGCGACCCGAAGGAAAACGUGAUGGGAAGCGGGAGCUCUUGCUAAGAUACAGAGGAGAAUUUGAUGUGGGGUAACCAGGGCGGCAGACCAGGGAACGGAUACCAAAGGAGGUCUGGUUCUGUUGAGCUAACCCAGCUUUCAGUUGCUGGGACGUCAUGCCUACGAUAAGAAAAGUAGCCCUAAAGAAGAGAGUGUCUUUGAGCUUGUGCAGAGUCCCUUUCCUCGCCACCAGAAAAGUGAAAGUCAAGCUAUGUCUACCAACUUAAAGUACCUUUCCUUGGGGAUAUUGGUCUUCCAGACAACAAGUUUGGUCUUAACUAUGCGUUAUUCUCGGACGCUGAAAGAGGAAGGACCCCGUUAUUUGUCUUCAACAGCAGUAGUUAUUGCUGAGCUUAUGAAGAUUAUGGCCUGCGUUUUGUUGGUUUACAAAGACAGCAAGUGCAAUUUAAGAGCAUUCAACAGAGUGCUGCAUGAUGAAAUCCUUAACAAACCAAUGGAGACCCUUAAGCUUGCUAUUCCAUCAGGGAUUUAUACACUACAAAAUAACCUCCUGUAUGUCGCAUUGUCAAAUCUAGAUGCAGCCACUUACCAGGUCACGUAUCAGCUGAAAAUACUUACCACUGCAUUGUUCUCUGUUUCCAUGCUCAGUAAAAAAUUAGGGAUGUAUCAGUGGCUUUCAUUAGUGAUUCUGAUGACUGGAGUUGCAUUUGUACAGUGGCCAACUGAAUCACAAGUGGGAGCCACGAAAGAACUUUCAGCAGGAUCCCAGUUUGUGGGUCUUUUGGCAGUCCUUAUUGCCUGCUUCUCGAGUGGAUUUGCUGGAGUUUAUUUUGAGAAAAUCUUGAAGGAAACAAAACAGUCAGUAUGGAUUAGGAAUAUUCAGUUGGGAUUUUUUGGCAGCAUAUUUGGCUUAAUGGGUGUGUAUAUUUAUGACGGAGAACCAGUAUCGAAGAAUGGUUUUUUCCAAGGUUAUAACAACCUCACCUGGAUAGUUGUAGUUCUGCAGGCGCUUGGAGGUCUUGUGAUAGCUGCUGUAAUAAAAUAUGCAGACAACAUUUUAAAAGGAUUUGCAACGUCUUUGUCCAUUAUAUUGUCAACGUUAAUCUCAUACUUCUGGCUGCAAGAUUUUGUUCCUACAAGUGUCUUUUUUUUUGGAGCUAUUCUUGUAAUAGUAGCCACAUUCCUAUAUGGGUAUGAUCCAAAGUCUGCAGGGAAUACUAUUAAAGCAUAGCAGACUCUUCCAUGCCAGCCUGUUUUGCCAAGACUGUUCAUUCAAGGACCUCCAAAUAACUGUACGGAAACUUCACCAAGCACUGGAGCAGAAGAGUUUACACUGUAUUUAAAGAACAACAUGUUAAGUGACAAACAAAAAGGAUUGGAAACAAUAUGCACCUCUGGGAAAGAAAGGUGGCCUAGUACAAAGCUUGAAGGGAAACAACAGUGACAAACAAAAAGGAUUGGAAACAAUAUGCACCUCUGGGAAAGAAAGGUGGCCUAGUACAAAGCUUGAAGGGAAACAACAGCUUCUGGUACCUGGAGUUAGAAAUGCUUCCAGAUGGAGCUCUGAGAUUACAGCAGAAUGAUUUGCUGUGUUUGACUGCUGCAGAAAUAUCCUAUGCACUCUUCUUGAAAGAGCACGUGACAACAUUUGUUGAAUCAAAACAUUUUUUUAUUUUAUAAAUUGACUAUUUUGUUUUAGUAAGUAUGAACUUGCUGUAUAUCUAUAAAUAUCCAAUCAAUUCACAAUAAGAUCUUGUUCUACAAUGAUGGCUCUUAUCAGGUAUUCCUCUUUCUUUUUUAAAAGAAAAAGAACUCAAACGUGAUUAAAAGGCAUUAUCAUUUCCAGCUUUUUAAUAUUUUACAUAGAAAGGUGACUAAAUAAACAAAAGCUGGUGUUGUAUAAAAUUUCAUAGACUAAUGAGAAAUGUUACGAUUGAUGAUUUUGGUAUUUUUACCAUUUGCCAAUCCAGUAAAAAGUAUUGCAUAUGUAAAGGGAUUGGGUCACCAACAGUGCUGCUGCAUCAUUCCCAUUCACGUCUUAAAUUAAGCCUCUGUGGGAACUGCACAAAAAGCCCAUUGAAAUGAAUGGCAGUUGCAUGAUUGCAGGGGCUGUUGGUGUGCUUCCACUUUCUGCCAAUGGCACAGUACACUCUCUUCACUGCCAACACAUGUGGCUGUGGUCAGAGAACAAUCUCAUUUCUUGAUAAGCAAAACAUUCUUGAGAUAAACUUAAUGCUGGUUUCCUUGUGUAAAAAUUUACUCUGAAGAUUUUUAAUGUACAUGGCUAAUUUUAAAAAUGCAAUGUGUAAAAAUAUUAUAAUAGCUCCAUUUGGAGCCAUAGUGGUAUAUAAUGUGUAUAUAUUGUACAAUAUGACAGAGCUUUAAAAAAUUACUGAUAAAUUACACAACCAAGA